AUGCGCACGCGUACCUUCUUGAGUGGGCAUUGGCGGGACGUGGAGGGACUCCGGGCUCUGCGCACGCUCUGUGGGCGGAAAGGGUGGAGCUGCCGAUGUCAAUUGCUCCAAGAGUCCGGGCUUGAGGCAUCCUCCAGAUACCUGCCCCUCCCGGCUCCUCAAACGGCAGACCAGUCAUCAAGGAUUUUGUACCCAAGGCCCCGAAGUUUGUUACCCAAGAUGAUGAAUGCUGACAUGGAUGCAGUUGAUGCUGAAAAUCAGGUGGAACUGGAGGAAAAAACACGACUUAUUAAUCAAGUGUUGGAACUCCAACACACACUUGAAGAUCUCUCUGCGAGAGUAGAUGCAGUUAAGGAAGAAAAUCUGAAGCUAAAAUCAGAAAACCAAGUUCUUGGACAAUAUAUAGAAAACCUCAUGUCAGCUUCUAGUGUUUUUCAAACAACUGACACAAAAAGCAAAAGAAAGUAAGGGACCGACAGCCCUUCUGUCUUACGAAAUUGCUGCUGCUCUUUUUUUCUUUAAAACUUGGAUAGAUCCCAGAAGUUAUAGUACUUUUGUUUGUGGCUUCAUUGAAUAUUUAUAAAGAUAAUGUCAGAUAUAGGCAAAAUUAAGAGCAUAAGAGAGGACUUCCAUGAGUUUGUGUAUUAUGUUAGUUUAUGAAAACGUGAAAAUGUAGACUUUGUAAUUAGAAAUGCAUAUAUUUAUGAUAAGGUUUUAUGGAAUUUGCUUUGCUCUGUAGGUUUAGCACCGUGUUUUAUUAUAGGCAGAGUAGGACAUAUAAGAAAAUAACCACGUGUUGUGAAAAAGUGACCAAAAUCAUGUACUGAAUGCACAGCUUUUUGUACCCUGUCUACCAUCUUGUGCCUCUUCUGCAUUUGCUUCUUCCUUCCCAUUUCCCUUCCCCUGGAGGAAAAAGUUGGUUUCACAUUUGUAAAAGUAAUUUUAGUAGUUAAUCAUUUAUGAGAGUAACCUGCACCCUACUGUUAAAACUCAAACAAAAGGCAGGGCUUACUGUUCGUUAUUCGGCCAUGGGCCCACACAAUGGCCUUUCAGUCAGUGACAGACUGAGGACUUGACCGGCAGUGCACUUACUGUGUGGCCUGGCGUGGGAGGUGGCCACACCUCCCAGCUCGGUCUAAGUGCGCUCUGUGACGUCUGCUCAUGAUGACUUUCUCAAGGAUGCUUUUCUCAGACUGCAUCCCGUCAUUUAGCAGUGCGUGACUGUGUUUAGUGCUGGGGUUGAGACAGGACUGCUGGGUUCUCUUUUCUCACCUGAAAACAGAGGCUGUAAAAAAGAUUUUUUUCCUCGAAGUUGAAUUGUCAAAUUGGGAAAAUAGUUGAAAACUUCCCUUUUACACAAAAUAAUUUGGUAUCUGAAAAGAUGAGCUCUGCUUGUGCACAUGUUUGAAACAGAGUAUUUUGAGGAAAAACAGAAAUAGGAUGGAAAAAGUACUUGGUAAACAGCAGUAACCAACUCUGGAUGUUUCUACUCCAGAACUGUGCUAUCUCCGGCACGGAUGGGUCCUUUAGGGGAAAUGUGUACGAAAGUGGGUUAAGUUGGCCUGACCUGGUAAUAAACCAUGUCUAGAGCAUUUGGUCUCUGGAUAUUUAUAAUAUCCAGCAGAUCAAUUUUUGCAGAGUCCUUUGACUGUAUUAGUAUCAGAAUCAUGACUAAAAUGGGAGAGUUUUUCAUGUUAUACUAGUUAAUAAUGUUCUCAGUCUCACUACUGCUCCCGGAGUUUUCUGUAAGCGCAACUACUUGGUUUACAGAGUCACAUUCUUUAACAGUUUUUUAAAAUUAGUUUGUAGAUUCCAUUUGCUAAGGAAACUAAUAUCAGAAGUAAUGUUAAAAUGUUAAAUAUUCAAUAGGAGAGAGAUUCGGUAACAUAGCUUAUAGUUACUAGGUUUGGGCUACUUUUAAUCAUGUAAUAAUAUUUGUAUUGAUGUACAAUUUGAUGAAUGACUUUAGCUGUAUGAAUAUAUAAUCAUACUGCAAAAUAUUUUGCAUCCCUUUUGUGCCGUAAUUUACAAAUGUUAAAAACUGUGUUGCAGUUUUGCUUUGCUGUUUAAUAAAAAGCUGUUUCAGAAAUGGUCUUGUGUUUU